GUUUCUCUCCUCCUGCCUUUGUAAUGAUGCUUAUCUCCUGCCUCCCAUUCUGGAGGGAAUAGCUUGCACUCACUGAGCCCUGACAGCAUUUCUGGGUAGAUGGAUUUUUGCUGUCCUUGUCAGGUCCACCUCCAUCCCACAGCCAUGUCCUGCUACGAUCUGUGCCGUCCCUGUGGGCCAACCCCACUGGCCAACAGCUGCAACGAGCCCUGUGUCAGGCAGUGCCAGGACUCCCGUGUGGUGAUCCAGCCGUCUCCCGUGGUGGUGACCCUGCCCGGACCCAUCCUCAGCUCCUUCCCCCAGAACACCGCCGUGGGAUCCUCCACCUCUGCUGCUGUUGGCAGCAUCCUGAGUGAGGAGGGAGUGCCCAUCAACUCUGGGGGCUUCAGCCUCUCUGGUCUUGGUGGCCGCUACUGCGGCAGAAGGAGCCUGCCCUGCUAAAGCCAGGUUGGAUGU